AUGACAUCUACAAAGACUGAGCCUAUAAUGAACUUAAACCAAGUUAUUGGGUCACCAGGAACAUUUGAAACAGGUAUGGAUAUUACAAUUUUCGAGUCAAAAUUAACAAAUUUUUUUUUGGCCAAUUCAAUCGAAAACAACAUUCAAAAAAGAGCAAUAUUACUGUCAUCGGUCAGUGAGGAAAUUCAUAAAGUGCUUUUUAGUUUAUGUGUUCCUAACACGCCUAACGAUGUUGAGUAUGAUACUCUUAUGAAAAGUUUAAACAAGUAUUUCAAACCAAUAAAGUCCUACUUUGCGGCAAGGUAUAAGUUUUAUCAGGCUAAACAAAGACAGGACGAAUCGGUGUGCCAAUGGGGUGCACGUGUUAAGAACCUUGCUUCAAAAUGUGGUUUUUCGUCGGAACUAAUAACGGUCAUCCGAGACAUAUUCGUUGUGGGUAUGAGUUCAGGACCAAUCCAAGAUCGUCUGUUAGAAGGAGAUGCUUCAAAAGUUGGAGUAACGUAUUUAAUGGAAAUUGCAACAGCCAAAGAAGCAGCAAUGAAUGACAAAAAUGGUUGGAAAAAAGAAGAAUGCGCAGAUUUGAAGUACCAGAAGAAAAAUAAUGGACACUUUCAAGCCAAGCAGGGUUUUAACGCACCCAAGGAACAGAAAACCAAAUGCGGGAUUUGUGGCCGUUCCAACCAUCUUCAAAAAGAUUGCAGAUACAAGGACUACCAAUGCAACAAUUGCGGUGAAAAGGGUCAUUUGUCUACCGUAUGUAAAAAGGGUAAGAAAGAAACGAAAUAUAAUAAAACACAAAAUAAAUUUUUAUCUAAUAACGACGAUGAUGACGAAACAGUUAAUCAUGAUCUUUCUAAUACUUUUUUUUCUAUAAUCGAUCAACAUUUUCAAAAUACCGCGGUGAAACCGUUUAUGGUAAAUUUAAUCGUAGAAAAUAACAAUGUUAACUUCGAAAUUGACACCGGUUCACAACACAGCGUAAUUUCAAAAAGAUUAUAUCGUCAACUGUUUAGUCACAUCGAAUUAAAAAAAAACGACAUUUCACUAUCUGAUUACGUCGGCAAUGACAUUAAACCGAUGGGAAAAAUAUUUGUCGAUUCGGAGUACCAAAACAAAAAAUUUACUAUGUGUCUUUAUGUAAUCGACAAUGGUGGUCCACCACUAAUAGGGGCGGUACCAAAAUUUUACAAACCUAGGUCUAUUCUUUUAGCAUUAAAAGGCAAAGUUGAAACCGAAAUAGAGCGUUUAGUUAAAGGUAACAUUUUAUUUCCCGUCGACCAUAGUGAAUGGGCAACUCCAAUAGUACCAAUAUUAAAACCGGACGGCACAGUUCGAAUUUGUGGUGAUUUUAAAAUAACAAUAAAUCCGGUAUUAGAAGGGACCGAAUAUCCCCUUCCAAAAAUAGAACAUUUGUAUGCAAAUAUUAGUGGUUCAAAAUAUUUUUCAAAAAUAGAUUUAAAAGACGCAUACCAACAAAUGGUUAUUAAAGAAUCUGAUCGCAAAUAUACCACUAUUAAUACACACAAAGGUUUAUUUAGCUACACCCGUAACCCUUUCGGUAUAAAAUCAUCGGCAGGGGAGUUCCAAAAAGCUAUGGAAACUUGCGCAGCAGGUCUUGAGGGCAUAGGUAUAUUCCAAGAUGAUAUAAUUGUUGCAGGAUCUACUAUCACAGAGCACAAUGCCCGUCUAGAAAAAUUACUAAAUGUAUUGUCAAAUACAGGUUUAAGAGUAAAGUUGAAUAAGUGCAAAUUUAUGCAAAAAUCAAUUGAAUAUUUGGGUCACAGGUUAGAUGAAAAUGGUUUACACACACUAACAAAACACACAGAUGUUAUGCAAGUGCAACUGUCCCAGAAAAUAAAACAUUGCUAA